AUGCACUGGUUUCCAAUCGAAGAGAAGAGUCCCGGGAUAAACUUGGAUUUGAAGAUGGUCAAUCGAGUCUUAGUAAGUUUUUUGACAAUGCAUGAAAUAAAGUGCGGACCAGAAGCUUUCGGUUCAUAUAGCACUUCUAGUUCGCUCACAGGCUGUUUACAUUUGCAGUUCGUAGCUUCUCCAGUGUAGGGCGAACGUACCGUGCUUCCUUCGUAAGGACGGACUUGAAGAACUGAAAUAAUCUUUACUUCCUCUGGUAUUUGCAGUUUCGAGGCCGUUUUCAGCCUUUUAGCUAAAAUAACUAUCGGUUUAUUUCAGUAAGGGCGAAACUAGCCGCGUUGACUUUUCGUCCACUCGUAGCGAUGGAAGCAGAAACUACUUAAACUGGCGUCCGUGAGAACCUUUUAGGGGGAUUUAUGUCAUGGUGGUUUCUACACAGUAGUCUUGACAUUGAUGACGGAGGCGACAUCGUCGUUUCUGUCUGUGUGGACCGUUCCUGAUUUCCCGCGUUUGUUUGGGAACCUGUGUGCCGAUCAGUUAGCGCUGUUAGAACUGGAGGCUUUUCUCGUCAACUGCGCUGUUUUUCAGUUACGCUUUUUCCUCUGUUGAAUCCUUAGUUUUUGCUGGGUUGCAGCCAGUCAUUCGCGGCGUACUUACUCGUACUUGGUACGGAUGCGAGCGUGCCUGAUCUCGCGGCGUCAGGACGUCCUCAAGCUGGACAACAGCUGAGGGAAUGGGGAGGGCGAGUAGCCAAACCCCCUCAAUAGCGUGACCCAGUCAUCCUCGCUCCCGUUUUCAGCACCACGUAUUGCCCGGCAGUUUAGUACUGCGCUGACUCCGUGCAGGGGAAAUGUCGAAGUCGUAAUAGUAAAACAGUGCGUUACGUAGCCGGUUGAAGUACUCGAAAUUCCAUACAGCAUCGACUCAUUGCGGUCAUCAUGCGCAUUAUGUUUGCAAAUCCCCUACUGCCAUUUGUUUUGUUUUCAAAUCUCUAUAUUAACCACUUUUCUUGUCAUCAGGUGUGAUAGCAGGUGUAGACUGCACUUCAAAGUUGUUUUAGCUUGGCGAUAAUUAUGAUGGACACCACUCUUUUAUCUUUCCAGCCAUUAACACCCGAUGUCAUUGACAUGCCGGGUCCCAUGGUCGUAUUUGCGACCCCAGGCAUGCUGCACGCGGGACAGUCUUUACAUAUUUUUCGCAAGUGGGCUCCGGAUGCAAACAACAUGGUCAUAAUUCCAGGGUACUGCGUGGCCGGGACGGUCGGCUACAAGGUAAAAAACGGUGCUUACUAAAUACUACUAAGUAAGCAGUUUUAAAACAGCCAAUGAUUACAGUUUAUGAGAGGCUGUUCAACCGUUUUUUUAUCUCUCAUCCUCAUACGUAGGACUUCCAUGAGAGAUUCGGCUCAUAGGUUAAUCCCCAGCCUUACCUGUCGGAUUUUUUAACCUGCCAUGUAAUUAUUUCGCUGCUGGAAGAACUUUAAUUCAUCACAGAAUAUACUCCACUGAGGUUUGCACACAGGAGGCUUUCCUACACAGGUUUGAAAAGGCCUUUAGAAGCCAGUCUUUGGCAGAUUGCUGACUUCGAGUCAUAAUACGUUGCAAGUUUCAGGCCAAUGAUCUUUUCGGAUAGCUCAACGUCCAUUCCUUUACUGCCAUCCAGAUUCUAAACGGGGCCAGGCGUUUAGAAUUCGACAAGCAGACGCUGGAAGUUCGUAUGCGCGUUGAAUACUUAUCUUUCUCCGCACACGCCGACGCCAGGGGCAUAAUGCAACUGAUUUCACAGUGCCGCCCUGGCCAUGUUCUUCUGGUCCAUGGCGAAGCUAGUAAGAUGGAGUUUCUCAAGAGCCGUAUCGAGUCCGAAACCAAAUUGCCCUGCUCGAUGCCUGCCAAUGGCGAGAUAGCAAUUGUUCCCACGCGACCUCAGUUUAACAUCCGAGCACCUACAGAUAUGCUGAAAAAGGUUUUGGGUAAGUUUUAACUGUAAUAUUCGUUUUCUUGCUCAGUGGUUGCAAUCUUAUGUUUACUGUCGACUGAAGCUAAAAAACUCCGUGGGCUAUGUUCCAUAUGUGGUCUGAGAAAUCUGGUUUCCACUACUUAACUGCAAGUUUGCUCGAUAAUUUUACGCGAAACUCUAUCUGCUAUCUAAACCUACCUGGCCUACAUGGUUUGCCCUAGUCAGAAAGAUGUAGCUGUAUUUAUCCUACCUUAGUAGAAAACCACGUGCUGUGGUGAACAUAAACCUCUACCUCUACUUUAAUUGCCCUCCUAGUUCCCAUGUGAUUGUGUAACGUUUCUCAGGAACCUGUAUUUACAAUUGAAUAGUCUUCCUUUUGCCUGACGCCAGACUUUCCCUAGUUUGCGGGUCCACCGGUUCGUGUGACAGUGUAACUACGUCCUCUUCGCAGCCACCGCACUUCGUGCUCAAGUUUGUCAUACUUUGUCUAUGACUAGUCCGAAGCCUGACGCCUUUUCUUUUCUUUUAGAGGAACAGUCUACCCUGAAGCGGUUGAGCAAACAAUCAACGCCGUUCCAUGGAGGUAUACUGUUGAAACCGGAUGUACGUACCCAUCACACAUCCAUUUUAGUUUGAUUUUAAUUAGUCAUUUUUUUCCACCACUUGUAACAAUGUGCAGGCACCCAUAUGUUUAUUGUAAAUUUGUCUAUUCGAAUUAGAAAGUUUUAGUUCUCGUUAAUCCCAGGGGCUAUUUAUUUUCUUCAUUUUAAGUCGGAACCCCUCCUCCUUGACCGAAAAUCCGCGUUGGAGUCGGUGGGAUUGCGUCAGCAUUCAAUGAUUUUCACUUCCAGCCAUGCCUUUACAACACACGAGUCGGUUCCCAGUCUACUAAAGCGGGCUUCUAACAUCUGUACCUCGUAAGUUGCCUGUUACUCCACAGCCUACGCCUUGGACCUCUGCCCACCCCAGAAGUUCGUGCGUGACUGCGUCUGACAUUAUUGGUGUUUCUGUCUGUCCCUCGCUAAAUGGACUCUGCCGUCUCCCCUCUUAGGUACAUACCCAAGGAGAAACUUGAACUGGGCACCGAUGAGGUGGUUCUUCUAAACCGUCUCAUUGUCCAAUUCAUGCCCUGUCUCCUGCCUCCGCUCAAUGGCGAUGCAGGCUCUACAAAACAGGAGAUCCUUUUGACUGUCACUUAUUCUGUCCAGGUACGUUCGGGGUCAAUCCUCCCUCAUUCUUGUCCCUCACUCUUACUGUUCCCUCGCAUUUGGGACGGCAUUUUGACUCCAUGCCUCAAGUAAUAGAAUACUUGUCCACCAAGAUUCCAUCCAGGAGGCGGAAGCGAACUAUCCAACCAAGGAGGGACGAGUAAGAAGGGACUGCCUUUAGUAUUGACAACUUUCUUGGUUUGACCAGAUUUUCUGGAAUAGCACUACGAAUUGCCCCCUCGUCCCCUUCACAAUCGUCGUCAUUCUCAGUCUACGCGCCUGGCCUAGGACACGAUGAACCGGCUUCCGCUCAGUCCGGCGUUCACCACUCUGCAAGAUGCAUAGGCUGGGAGGGACACCAGUGUUGGAGCCAGGGAGAGGACCGAUAGACCGAAAGGUAGAGUAGCAUACCAAUAACCGAAGUAGCGCUGGAUCGCUAUUUUCCACGAUCAAACUGAUAGCUCCCCACCAUCUGGCCAAACUAUGGUCUUUUUUCUGUGAUAGUUGACUCAUCGAUUUCGGCGGUUUCUGUAGCACUGCUAUGCACAAUGUUCGUCCCGACGCACAAAGUGAAUUGCGUCGCGAAAUCUGUAAGACGAAUGAGUAUGAACGGCGACAUUUGAGGAUUCAGCGAGACGCCGUAAUUCAUCGAGCUUCAGCUUCGCCAUCGUGUCAGGUGUCUCUGCAGUUGUACCUCCCGCUCUGGAGCGCAUUUAAACUGGACGGGUUCGAUAGUUAGGCAGCAUGUUUCUCCCUUUGGCAAUGACGCUAUUGGCAUGCCUCGGCUAUCUCGGGUUUUACAGUAGGUUGUUUUCUGGUUUGAUCCAAUCCACAAGAUCCCAGUCAUCCUACUGGCAUCAAUGCUGACCGGAAAACCAUUAUGCUGGAAUUCUUUAGGUCGUGCCGUGCUCUGAGCGAGGCCCUCGACGAACCCAUCCGAAGCUCAGGUCACUUCGAAGACGAUCAGUCGUAGCACUAUCAGAUAGUCGAUCGUUUCACCAAAUUUCAAACCUUUGCCUACACGGUUGCUGCGGCUUGAUACCCUAAAGGUACUUUUGAGAGUUCACUUCAGCUCAUGCCAGUUAUUUUCGACUGCGGACUCAUCGCUGGUUGCUGUCUUUGGCGUCAGUGCAGCUAAGUGCAUUUACGCUUUUAAAUACUUAACCCACUUUCCUUAUUUUCUGGCAUUUAACACACCACCCAGAUGCCCCACCCGUAAAACCCCUGUUGCCAUCAUUCCCGUAAGACAGGCGGCUGUGGCCAGUUGGUGAUACUUGGGGGCCUUUACUAGAUCCUUACCACGAAGUGGUUGGGGACAGCUAGAAGGAAGCCCGCUCUAAUGACAAUAACCUGUAAGUUAUAAGCGUUGCGCUCUCUCGACAUCACCUCUGAUCUGUAGCCCUGCCCUUACAAGAGCAUGGUCAGAGCCCUUCUCCCGGUUCGCGUGAAUACCAUGUUUCGCGUGUAAAUUUCGCACGGAGAUAGCCCCGUUUGUUUCGACGAAUAUGCAACCAAUUUUAUUUUGAGGAUUGCAGUAUCCCUGUUUAAAGAGACCGUAUUUCUCCCGGCACAUAGGAAACAGGUGCAGUAUACGCCGAAAAUCACGAAAUGACGACCGAAACCCUUAACUUUACUUACAUAAGCUUACCAAUUUACCAAUUUACUUCAAAUACAGCGGCAUACUGUAUUUGAUAUAAAACCUAUCCGAUAACCUGCGUUGAUUUCACUGUCGAUCGUGCCCGGACUGAAGAGGGGAAUAACGUUGAAUUACACCGUCUCGACUGGCUCAGGAGUAUAUCGAGGGGCUUGAAAAUGGAUGUCCAAGAAACUACAGCUCAUAGUAGUAUGUUUGCAACAAGACUUGUGGUAAAACGGGCACCUGACUUGUGAAUCUUUGGAACAUCGGCUAUCAUCACUGUAAUUGUCUCGACGUCGUCCGACUCCACCUCCGGCCGUCCCGACAUAGUCUGUCCAUCAGGCCCAGGAGGGUGAGGGAGGAGGGAUUGCAGUAGAUGCUGCACAAGUCUGCUACCACUAUAAACUAAUUUACGCCCAAGUCACCGUCCCCGCACCCACAUACUGUGGGACACGGUGAACAUCGUCGAUUGCAACGGUCUAACUGAAACGUCUUGAGACGUCCCGAUGCUUAUGUCGUUGGCACACAGCGCGUUCUUUGGUCCGGCCUCGUGCAAGCGGUUUAAAGUAAUCGGGUCUUUAUCCUUUGCUCUAGUGAAGUACCAACGAAUAACCGUCGUGGAAGGAGGAGGAGCUUGAUAAACAGCUCAGUUCAAACUUAGUCUGUUGACCCGUGGCUCUGCUACAGAAGAGGGACGCCGUUCGGAGAACAGAAAAACUCUGAUAACACCAGGUUUAUAACCAUGGUAAAGGCGCGUUCACCGAUAGGGUUACGGGAAGUACUCGUCCCCAUGUGCUUUGGGACUCGAUGAGUAUUUUUUCGUAAUUCUGAUGAAACUGUUCUUGAAUAUGCAUACGGCUGUGUUCGCGACGAGGUACCUGGCGGAUGAUGAGGUCCACGCAGACAUGGCUUGUGUUCACCUGUUAACCGCACGGGAGAGUUGGAAGUGAUUGCUACAGGUAGUGCGUGAACCCCGCUAUCCAAUGCUUUUCUGUAAUCUCCUAUGGACACUGACAUUGGGCACGCGCCUGCUGACCCAUAUUCAAUUUGGUGGCUUUGGGCUCCAAUUUCUGGAAGGGUUUGCAUGAUUGCGCGAUUGGAAGUGAAUUGGUGCUCAAGCCCUAUGGAAAUUUUGAUCAGCCGACUCUUGUGCAAUGCGAUUUAACGAAAGUUAGCUUGAUAUGCGUACUACCCAACCUGCGGAAGCCUACCUCAAAAUGCUUAAGCCAGUUGUAUGGCCAACGUCAGUACAGUCUGGUGAAGAAUUCGUGAGGAACCCCAAGCAGCGGAGUCCAUGUCAGCACUCCAAGCGAAUUUCUUGUGGAUAGUUGAUUGCGAUGUGGCCAUCAUUACAACAAUUUGGGACAUGUCAAUAGUUUCCACUUGACACUGCCUUUAGGACCGAGACUGUUGGAGGCAAUGAAUCCAGCUUCUGCACCCAACUGAAGGGCUCAUUCCCCUCUGUUCUUCGCUUAAACAUAACACUAUACUUACCACCAAAUCUGCAUUCCAUCCGUGAAAGAGAAGACGCCCUCAUGUGCGCUAGAGUUGCCGCCUUUUAUGAAAGUCCUGUUUUUAACGGUAACUCAUCUCUCAUCGUCCGACAUAAGAACCUUACCUCCUGUUCAUUUCGAAUAAUGGUGGGUUAUUGUCAACCUAAAAAUUCACGAAUACAACUCAGUAUUUCUCGCGAGCUCUUGAUUUCAUUGAAAGGCUCUCGAGGUCAGAAUUAGAGGCAUUUUGUACGCGUACGGAUAGUUUUUCCGAGUUGUAUGCCCAGCUUGUACAAAUAAGCAUAGUUUUACGGAACGAAUUAUUUACUGAACACGGUCCAUUAAGCUGCCCUCCACAUAUGCAGGUAAUGGAAAUCCAGCCGAGAGUCUCCCUAUGUAUUGGGUGGUACGCUCUUCAUGUUUGACAGCGCUCUUCGGCCUGCUUUGAUGUACUUAUCCCGCUUCUCGUUUACUUUUCUCGUAGGAUGAGGAAUUGGGCUCCAAGCUCUUCACCCGGCUUAAAGAAGUUUUCACGAGGACCUGA